GAACAACAAAAUACUGUGUCAGUCCACGAACGUGGUGGACGUUGUUAUGGAAUAUCGUUUAGCUAUAUUGCUUGCCUUGACGGCGAGCUCAUUCGCAGGUCCAGCGAGACAAAGAUCUCUGGGGACAGGAAGCUCUUCUUGCUCAAAAUCUUGCACAGGAAGCACAAAGUUUGGUUACGCCCCUGGAUCAACGUACCAGUACAAAUAUGAAGGGGAGACGCGGACAUCAAUGCUGGGAGCCUCGGAAGACCACUCCGCUAUUUGGAUCAACGCCCUUGUAGAUAUUGAAGUCAUCAGUAAAUGUGAAUUUAUACUUCAGGUGAAUGAUGUUACUAUAUUUGCAUAUGAUUCAAAACAGUUUGCUGAUCAAGAUAAGGAUAAACAGUUUGCUCAGACUUUAGAGAAAUACCCGCUGAGAUUUUCAUUCCAAGAUGGUCGAAUUGAAUCUGUGUGCCCCGCUGAGAAGGAAGAAGCAUGGGCUGUUAACAUUAAGAAAGGAAUAUUAUCGUCAUUACAGAAUUCAAUGGACAGCUUUGAUUUUAAUCAUAAAGGGUCUGAGAGUGAUGUAACUGGUAAAUGUGACACUGAGUACACAGUAGCACAGAGAGGAUGGCGGACACUCAGCAUCAAGAAAUCUAAGGAUCUGUCGUCAUGUUCACAUAGACAAGGCUUUAGUAGUGCCGUACAGACAACUCCAUUCAGAGUAUCCUCUGGCAUCAAAUCUCUGCCUAUCAUGAAGGAGACUCACACUUGUGACCAGGAAGUGAGCACAGCAGGAGUUCUGACAAGCUCUGUUUGCCAUGAAAUGCAUACACUGCGGCCUUUCUCCAAGGAGAACAGUGGCGCCACCACAGAGGUCACUCAGAAAAUGACAUUUGUUCAAGAAAGAAAGGGUACCAGCCAUGAUCAAGCUGAAUGUGGAGCACAAGAGGAGCUGUACUUUGAGCAUGCACCGUCAGAUAUUGUGACUGACCUGAGUGCCAGAGAGGCCAUUGACCUCCUGCUGGACCUUUGCCAUACCACGGCAACAGAGGUGACACCAACCACUUCCCAUCAGUUCUCAACCCUUGUAUCCACUAUGAAAAGAAUAGAUUUUGCUGGGCUUAGACGGGUAUAUAAUCAAAUGAUGGAAGAUAAUUUCUGUCGUGAUAACCAAGAGAGAGUCAGGAGGUUCUAUGUUGAUGCUAUACCAAUGGUUGGUACAGAGGCUUCUAUACAGCUGAUGAAAACAUUGAUAUCUAACAGUGAUAUCACAGGGACACAGGCUGAUGUCUGGCUGGCUUCUAUAGCUUUCAUACAACAUCCAACUAAACAGAUGAUUCAAUAUGUACAGGAAUUGAUUGGUCUACCUACCCUAUCAUCCAAAGUGUUACUGCCCCUAUCUGCAAUGGUACAGUCAUACUGUCAGGUGAAUCCAUUAUGUGGAGAGGUAAAGGAGAUCACAGAUUUCAUUGACAUUUUACAGAGGAACAUUGGUGGAGGUUGCAAAGCUGACCAGAAAAAUUUCCAGAUGAUUAUGAUGACACUGAGGGCACUAGGUAACACAGGUCAUGCAGAAAUGGCAGUACCUGCCUUGUACACAUGUAUAGAGGGAGACAACUCUAUGGACAUCAAAGUUGCAGCAAUUCAGGCAUUCAGAAAACUGUCAUGUGCAUCAGAUAGGAACAAUUUGAUGGGGAUCUAUCGUGACACAACUGCUGACUCCGAGCUCCGUAUCAAUGCUUAUCUCGCUGUGAUGAAAUGUCCUUCAUCUUACUUCAUCUCUCAGAUACAGGAUACCCUCGCUGCAGAAGAAGUUAACCAGGUUGGAUCAUUUGUUUGGUCACACCUCACAAACUUGAUGGAGAGCUCAGAUCCCAGCAACAGGUAUGUUCAAGAGUUGCUAACAGACGCAGAAUUUGAUCAGAAGUUUGAUCUGGACAAAAUGAAGUUUUCUAGGAAUUACGAGGGCUCUUUCUACUUGGAGAAAUACAACACAGGAGCCAAGAUUGACAGUAACCUGAUCUGGUCAAGCCGAUCAUUUGUUCCAAGAUCGGCAAACCUGAACCUGACCAUGAACUUGUUUGGUGAAUCCAUGAACCUGUUUGAGAUUGGAGGCCGUGUAGAAGGGCUAGAAUCCCUCAUGGAGUCUUACUUUGGACCUGUUGGUUAUUACAAUGAUGAGACAAAAGGUAGCAAUGAAAUUCCUGAUGCCGACCCAACAUCAGCAGGACUCAGUAAAAGAAAACUGAAUGACAUAAGAAGCAAGGCCAAGAAAACAGUGGAUGAGUUAAGAGGUGCUAUGUACAUGAGAAUGUUUGGCAGUGAAGUGUCCUACACAAUGUUUGGUGCGAAUAAUGGAAACAGUGAUGACAAAUUUGCUGGGUCUCUGUUGUUUGAUUUCCUGCAAAAAUUGCGCAAUAAUGAAAAGCAGGAAUUGUCAUUGACAAGAAAUGUCAUGCUGUUGGACAGUACAUACACUUUACCAACAAUUGUUGGUUUGCCUCUUAGACUGGCAGUUAAUGGGUCAGCGACGGUAGCCCUCAAUGUUGGAGGUCAGGUUAACUUGAAGAAUCCUAGGCAGAGUGUUGUUAUUGAAGGAAACUUUGAACCAAGUGGCUCAGUUGAGAUUGACUCAGUGAUGAGUGUGGAUGCUGUAGUUACAAGAGGUGGCCUCAAGAUGGUUUCCACAUUGUAUACUAGCACUGGAGCUCAGGGAAAGAUUGAAGUCACUGGGGGAAACAUUUUUGACUUCACAUUUGACAUCACCAGAGACAAGAGUGAAAUAAUUGAUGUAAAGACAUCAUUUUUCUUUGUGUACAAUGAUUACGAGAAAGAGCAGAACAUGAUAAAGGACGGCCAGGAGGAAAAAUCAGCAUGUACAGGAGACAGGCUGACAAGAGUUGCUGGUGUCCAGUUCUGUGCCAGCUAUUCAGCCCCCAAUGCAAGUUCUAAACCAGAUGCUCCUUACUUCCCCUUUACCGGACCAGUCAGCUUCAGUGUAGCAAUGAGCAAACAAGACCUACCUAAUGGAUAUAAACUGGAGGUCAAGACCAUCAAGACACCGAUUCAGACAUUAUUCCGAUUUCUGUCUGACACACCUGGUUCCAAAAAUGAUCGAGCAAUAGGCCUCGAUGUAGAUGUGAAACAUUCUGACAAGACUCUGGAUAUAAUCCUUGUAUCACCAUGGAAAAAAGCAACAGUUAAAGGUGAGCUUAUCGACACUGCAACUGUGAAAGGGCUUCUAGGUAAUAUUGACAUUGAUGAAGGGCAACGUAUCUACAACCUUGAUGCUAAAAUUCUGAUUGACCGGACCAAGGAUCGCGUAACCUAUACACCACAAAUUAGCCUCGAUAUUAGUGACUGGAAAAAGGUUUCACUGACAGGUGGAAUAAACUACAAGCUAAAGACAUCAUUUGAUGCUGACCUUCUCAUUACUGGAGCACAAGAUGCACCUAUAGUGAUACAGUCCUCCAUUUUAAACACUGACACCGUGGUUGGAAUGAAGGGCAAAUUCAAUUACGAGAAGGGUGAAGGUUACGUGUUUGAAGCCAUUUCAAAAAGAAAAAUUGAAAGGAAGAGACUGCGGUCCCGUUACACUUAUGAGCCGAGGGUAUACCUCCGAACACCCGAUGAAGAAAUUUUAGAGUUUAAUGGAAGUGCCAUUCUCAUAACAGGAAAGUCUUUCAAAGCAACAGGAUCUCUCGAGAAAUUAACCAAAAUACCAUUUAAAUUCAAUGUUGAUCUAUCUAAUACUGAGCAUACCAAGAAGAAAAGGAUGAAGAGCAUGGGACGAGUAACAGUGACAGGGCCAAGAUUGUCCAAUAAACUCAUGAUUAUGCAUGACAACAGAGGUGGCAAGAACAUUUUCACGAAAUAUCGAUGGGACUACAGUUUCGGCAAACAGUGGAGAGAUACAAUCAUGGGAAACAACAGGGUCAAGAUAAAUACAGCCAAAAAUAAGAAAAAUGUGAAAAUUACUAGCUCACUUAACUCCGUCAAAAAUGACAAUUUGGAUGCUAACCUGGUGGUGAACUAUGCCACAAACAGAUAUAAAACAAACCUUGACCUCAAUCUGAAAUAUGGCAAGAACUUGAAGUCAAAGACAACCAAGGAAACUGUUGACCUCUCUGUAGCUGCUAAACACAGUAAUGAAAGGGUUGUUGAGUACCAGGUGGACCUUAAAUUCCCUGCUAAGGAUGUUGAUGUGACUAUCACAGGAGACAACAAGUACCAAGAUAAAAGUGUACAGAGUAACAUCAAGAUCCAGUACCAUCCUGAGAGAUCUGUUGCCUUUGGUGUACAUCUACACAACAGAACUGACCUGUAUCCAAACUAUGCUGGAGAACUCAGCAUCAAACUUCCACAGAACAGAGAAUUGUCUUUUGCUGGAGCGUUUGGUAAGGAGAAUGACAACAAAUAUAUCAGCAAUCUGGAGUUCGAAAUUAUCAAAGGACGACGUACAAGGAUAGAUACUGUGCUGAAAAUUGCUACUCAAAAGAUGUAUGAGUUUGAGGUCGGAGUCAAACUUCCAGAAUUAGAGCCGGUUCGAGCUCUCGGGUCGUACAUCAGGGAGGAAAAUGGCCACACUGUUGAAGCAUCAUACAAAAAGGGUGAUAACCUGUACCGAAUUUUUGUUCAGGGUAUAUGUGAACCAAGUAAAAAUGCAAAGUUUUUAUUUGAAGUGACUGUACCAUCACGCAAGGUCAAGGUCAAUGUGGGAUCAUCACUUGUUGACACAGAAAGACAUAUGCUGUUUGACGUACAGUGGAAUGCUGAUAAGAGCCUGGAUGAUCGUUUCCUUACCAACAUGACAUAUGACUUCAAAAGUUGGGAUGAUUUUGAAGUGGCCUAUUUAUUGCAUUACCCGUCACGCACCAUUGGUUUCAAUAUGAAGCAUUCUGCUGCUGCUAGAUAUAUCACUAACAUAGAAUUGUCAUGGAGUCCAAAAGAAAAGCUAGAAUUCAAUAUUAUUUUCCGAAAUGACAAAUUCAAUGGAGAUGACAGAACAGAAUUAUCUGUAGAAUUUAUAAGUCCAUUUGAACGAUUUGAGGAGUUAGGACUAGCGGUAUCGUUAAUCAGAGAUUCAACACAGUAUCAGACAAAAACUAGCGUUACCUGGGAUAAAAAGAAAAAGGUGAUAGUCUCAGCUACAGCAAAGGUACCAUUUGAGGUAAACAGUAUAGAUAUUGCUGGUACUAUAUCUACACCAUUCAAAAAUUAUAAAUCAUUGGCUGCAAAUUUAAAGCAUAGACUAGAUGACGAUCUUCAGACAAUUGUUCUGGUGGAGUGGGGACGAAACAGAUUAUCUCUAAAAACAUCUGGUGAGUUAAAGUACACCAAAAUGUCUCGAUCAUUUAAUGGGAAAAUUGAUUUCCGUUCACCAUUUGAAGGUCUACGAGUUUUGAUUUUGAAUGCUGAGCAUCAAGAUGAUUCCAAGAAAUUUUCCUCAAAAAUCACUACUGAUGUUUCUCACUAUUCAUCACAAGUUAAUAUGGACACUUACAACAUUGAAAUGGACAUGACUCAUGAUAAUACUUUAAGUGGACUGAAGAAUCAAGGAACAUUAAAUAUAUUGAUUCCAAAUGAUGACAUUUCUACUGUCUGGGAGGUCAGCAGGUUAACAGGAAGCUCACGUGUAAUGGUUGACGUAACACCAAUGCGAGGAAACAGAUUCAAGUUUGACUUUGGAGAAACUCAUCAGCUGGCCCCGAAUAGAAAACUAAGAUCAACCUUUGAAUUCUUGAUACCAACUGAGACUCUGCGGGAAUUGUUGAUUUCUUUUAAUCAUGAGGACAAACCUGGAUUUGUGAAGACAUCUGGUUCUGUUACCAAAGAUAAUUUAGAAAUGAUGUCAGCUGAUGUAAAUUACCAGAAUAGCUAUGGUACCCUGAAACUUGAUUCACUCAUUAAAAGUAUCUAUACAGAAGAUCUCAUUUUGAAAUUGACGUCUGCUCAUAGCAUAAUGCCCUACAAUAGUAACUUUGAGCUUAAAUGGGGUGAAACACCAUAUAAGAUAAAUGCAGAGAGCAACAUUUUCUAUAAUGAAUUUGGUAUGUUUGAUAAUAGUUUGAAAAUAUUGACGCCUAUCCCCAGAUUCAACAUGUUCACUAUAACAACUUUACGCGAGAGACAAGGUCUAAAUUGGCGAACUAAAACAGAAGUAAAUGUUGAUGGACAGAAGGUCAGUCUAGCGGCAGUCUACAGAUUCGAUCAUGUAAAGCAGACAGAAGUCUCGAUAAAAUCUUCAUUCCCACAGUUCCCUGGUUUGGACACCAGUUUCAAAAUAGAUGGUAAUCCUGUAAAUUUCAAAGGAAGUGCAGCUUUUGUCAUGAAACCAUAUGUUGAUAAGAUUUCUACCGACUUCAGCUGGGCAUUUUAUUUGGGUACAAGUCUAACUGGAACUUUUAAUCUGUAUACCCCGUUCCGCCAGUACCCAUACAUGAAGGCCAAGGUCAACAGUAAUACAUUGGGAAUGUCACGUGUUUCAGGUUUUGAGAUCGAAUAUCUACCAACACAAGUGGUUAAAGUUGAAUCAGACUAUAGGUUUACAUCUUUAGAGACUCUUGAGGGUACGAUUAAGGUAACUAGUCCAUAUACAGACAAUAAAGUGGUAACAGCUGGGUUUACACAUACUGGUAAUAGGGAGGAGUUCAAGUCCGAUGCUAAGAUCACAUGUGAUUGUUUCGAUAAACCUGUUGUUACAGAGGCAACAUUUUCAUCUAAGAACGGAAUUGUAUCAACAUUUUCAAUGGACAGCCCCUUCAGAGGAUAUGAAACUGUUAAUUGGAACCUGCACCACCAAGGUCAGAUAGACGACUUCAGCACAAAAGCGGAAUAUGAAACUAACGGCAAGAAGAUAACAUUUGAGAAUACAUUCAGUGCAAAAGACGCUAUUGUAUACACACUGACAUUCCUUACCCCAUUUGCCAACAUUUCACGCACCCACCUGCAGUUUUCACAUGCGGGCAAAUUCCCAAAUACUAAAACACAUGCUGAAGUGGCAUAUAAUGAAAACUCAAUAAUAUCUGAUUUUGUGUUGAGAAAUAAUGGAAGAAAAACAGUAUUAAGAGGUUCUAUUACAACACCAUUUGAACGUUAUAGAGAUAUGAAAGUGGAAGUAUUAAGGACUGGAUUAUUGGAUGAUUUUACAACAAAAGCUGAAUUAAAGUAUGAUCAGACAUGGCAUGCAUCUUUGAGACAUAAAUUUGAUGGUCAAGAUUUAUUUACAAGUUCUGUCUUGAAAGCACCCUAUCUCCCAGAUGAUGUAAGUCUCACACUCAACCAUACAGGCAUACCACUGAACUUCCAGACGUCACUUGAAUACACGCUGGGACCAGCAUACAAGACGUCAAGUCAGACUAAAUUUUCAUACAAUUUACCAAAUUUAGUGGCUUCAUCCAAAACUGAAACUGUUAUCGACAGAGAGACAAGAGUUAAUGAACUUACUCUGGAACACAGAUUUAAGCAGACGGACACAUUACAUAUAGAUAUAUCAUCAAAAUUACUUGCCGAGAUCAGAGACAAUAAAGCCAGUGCAGACUUCAGGUUCAAAUUUAACAGUGAUGAAAGUGAAGCUGACACCACUUCUUCCACUGAAAUUUUAACUUACUUAAUUGUUGAAGUUCCACAUGACGACUUCAGAUAUAACAAACUCUUCUACAAUGCUGACAGGAAAACUUCCAUAGCUGAUAGAGUCAACAUGGAAAGUACUGCAACAUUUACUUUUGAAACUCCUUUGCUAGAAAAGGCAUCCUAUAAUGAGGAAACAAAUCUGAAACAAGGUAAAGUGAAUCAAAUGGUUACUUACAGCUAUGGAGAGUAUGUUUUGUCCACUGAGCAGUCCUGGCAGAGGGGAAAGUAUUAUUGCAAACAUGAAAUUCCUAUCGAAGGAUAUGAAACAACUGUCAUUGACGUGACAUACGGAGGCAGUUUGUUUGACUUGAGUCAUAUGCCUUCUAUCCCAGAUUUAAUUGAUUGGAACUUGGAUGGUACAAUAACUCAAACUGCCUUGGGUUCUCCGAUAAUUCUGUCCGUUAAAGGAAAUGCUGAUAAGACUACAGAUAAACUGAAUUCUGUCACAAACAACGUCAAGGCUGUCUAUGGAUCGGACAAGGAAGUUACUGUUGACUUUGUAUACAAGCCAAAGAAGAGUGUGCUGAAGGUCACAACACCUUAUGAAGGGUACAAGUCAUCAGAGUUAGAAGCAAACUAUUUGACAAGCGGUUAUAAAAGAGAUUACAGUAUUUCUGUAACAAGUUCCGCUCUCGAGACACCAGUCCAAAUGACAUCUCGUUUUAAACUUGAUCCAAAUCACAUGAAGGAUUCUGAAAUAUUCCAGAAAUUUACCAGUGGUUUCACCAACUUUACCCAUAUUGAACUACAUGUAGAAGCAAAAUCUGAAAAAUUCAGGCUGUCAUGGGAAGAUAGCAAGAGGAUCAAGAAGGAGAUUGAUAUUGAUGGACCUAAGCUUGUUUAUGAGGUAAAUAAUGAUAAUGUUGAAGCUGGUGUGCUAAUGACAGUGACAACACCAUUCAAGGAAUUGAAAGAUAUGAAAGUUAACUUUGACCAUAGGCAUUACACUUCUCCAAUGAGAGCUAAAGAGGUCAUUCUUAUACAGUACAAUGGAAAGAAAUACUUUGAUGUAGAUGCAGAAGUUGGAGCUUUGAACAAGUUCUCAGGCAGCAUCAUGUUCCGUGAACCAAGGCAGAUGGAGUUUAGUUUCAGUGGUGUGAAUGAAGGUCAAAGCGUGAAUGGAGAUUUGGUACUUGACUGGAACAAACUAGAGCAAGACAGCAAUUUCCGUUUACAGUUUGGUCUUGCUGAUAGUGGGGAUCAAUUGAAGGAAAAGAAAGUUUUCCAUAUUCGCAUUACUAACCCAGAAAGAAUUAUUAGUUUACAUAACAACUUUGAGAAAACUGUUGAUAAAAUAUCCAGUUCUGGCAAGAUUUCAUGGGAUGAAAAAGAAGGCAAAGAAAUGUCUUAUGAUCUUGAGUAUUCUAAAAUGUUACUACGUGGAUCAACAUUACACAGUUCCGAUUUGAAGCUUACACUGCCUGCCAGGUCAGUUGAAAUAUCUAGCUCAUACACAAAUACAGCAAGUCAGAUAGUCAGUACAGGAACUGUACUGUGGGAUUCUGGGAAUGAUCGUGACAAACAAGUACAGGUCAAGGUCACUUUGUCUCCAACAGAGAUCAGGAAAAUGGCUGAGAUUGAUGUAAAACUGCCAAGCAUGAACAAGGAGUUGUCCCUGAGCUCUGAAAUUGCUGUCAAUGAUGGUAACCGGCUACUGGACGGACAGACAAAACUGACAUACUCUCCAGAAGUGAACAAAGCAGUGUUGGUCAAGUACAUUAUACAGCAAGAGGAUGGAGAUCUCCCUAAUUACAAGGCUGGAUGGAGCUUAGAUCAUGUUUACACUCGCACACAUGUUGAGAUGAUGUCCAGCUUGGCCACAAAAGAUGAUGUCACUUCGGGUGAUCUAGAGAUGAAAUACCGCGGUACAGACAAGGAUAUGUCUGCUCUCCAACUUCACUCAGAGCUGGAUCGGAAGGAAAGAAAAAUGAACAUCAAGAUGACCAGUCCUGACCAAUCAGCAGAGAUUACAGGUCACAUGACCUCAGAAUCCCCAUACACAGUAACCAUAGAAACAUCUCACAAUAUGAAACCAACAUGGAAGACUGUCUGGACCGUAGAUACAAACAAGAGAAGUGUAGAUGCCUCCAUGACAUAUGAUGACUUCAAGGGCCAAGUUGUUACCAAGGCCUUCUUCCCAAAUGCCUCAUCAUUUGUAUCGGAGACAUCUACCCAGACAGUGGCUGAUCUUGUUCAGGAGGGACGUAUGUCAGCGGAACUAGAUGAUCGCAAGCUACAUGCACACCUCAAAUGGAGGCCUGAACUCAUCUCGGAGGCGGCUACCUAUGGAUCUGAGGCCCUGCAGCAGAUGAGGAAUGAAAUCAGUCCAGUUGUUCAGGAAUGUAUGAAAGACCUGGGAGAUAUACUGCUCAAGAAGCACCGCCUCAUCAGCUCCAGUCUGACUGAGGAGCUGAAACCUGUGUCUGACAGCCUCGAGGAGGAGAUGAAGUCUGUUCAGCAGGACCUUAGGAAAAUGAGAAGAGAACUGAAGAAAAUAUAUCGGCAGAAUGAAUUUUAUUUGAGGACUGUUGAAGAAAGCUACUCUGGAUCUGUCAAAGCUAUGCUGGCUGGAUACUCUGUCGCCAUUUCCAAGAUGAAUAUUGCUUAUACAAAGGCAAAAGAGACUAUUGAAGAACUCACUAACAAGAUCGAUGUAUACCCAUUCAAAGAACGUUACAAUGCAAUGAUGAAAACUAUCUCAGAAAAAGUCAAGGCAGGGGAGGUAAUAGUUCAAGAGGAAAUGGAAAUUGUAUUUUCUGUACUUACUGAUAAGAUAGAGGAGUUCACUACCCUGUAUGAUGAUACAAUAAAAGAUAUCUCCAACCAGAUUAGAACUAUGAUUGAAGUGUUGCUGGAUGAACUCGCAUUGGAACCAUACAUAGAUGAUGUGAAAGCAGCGUACAACAAAAUUGUAGAGAACUACCCUGGCCUGGACAACUCAGAAAUUCUUAAAGUUAUCAAUGAAGUACAACAGCUGUUGCUGGAGUCAAUGGAAAAAUCCACCUUCAUAGAGAAAUACAAGGCUUUGUAUAAACGUACAGGGGAACUACUUUCAGAGAAGUUUGAUGAUGUCAUGAACAAUGAAGACAUUCAAGAGAUGAAUAAAGCUAUCCUUGAUCUUUAUGAACAGGUUUCCUGGUUAUAUAAAUACACAGAGAUCAACAUUUCUCUGAGGGAAUUGAUCCAGAAAGCCCUUGACACCAUCAGAUCAAAGGUCAUGGACGAAUUCCAUGUGUUACCACUUGGUCUCCUUGACCUUCACAAGUCAAAGGUCAUUACAUUUGACCUUGAGAAUGGAGAAGUUGAAUUUGACCUGUAUCUGCCCAUCCCAAUGGAUGACUUUGAUGCAGUGAUGAAAUUGACAGCAGAUAGGUACAUGAGGAAGAUGAAAGCUUUGGCUGAUAAGUAUUUCCCAAGGAGAGAUAUCUGUCUGUGGGACCUGUAUUACAGGCUGCCACAUGUGCGUUGGAGCAUGAGGAAGGACUUGGUCCCACCAUUUGAUGUAUUUGGAACUGUUUCUGGCAAGCAGCAUUUCACAACAUUUGAUGGCCACCACUUAGAUGUAUCAGGACUGUGUAGCUAUGUCUUGGCUCAAGAUGUCAUGAACAAUAAUUUCUCUGUCGUUCUGAAAUACACUGGAGGACCCAAAACUCUUGCCAAAGAAUCAAUCAUCACCAUGGUAGCUGGAAAAACUGUAGAAAUGUUCCAAAGUUAUAUGGUUAAGGUUGAUGGUCAGCCUACAGAAUUACCUUACCGCUCGGAAAGACUGACAAUUUUCAGGUCUGGAAAUACUAUAACCCUUGACAGUACCAUCGGUCUCUCUGUUGUGUCAGAUUUCAGCAGCGAUUAUCACAUUGUCGGACUAAGUGGUUGGUACUACGGAAAAGUUGGAGGUCUGCUUGGUAACAAUGAUAAUGAACCAAAUAAUGAUGUUAUGUCGCCGGAAGGAGAAUCAGGUCUAAGAAUUAGAAAGUUCUUGAAUUCCUGGGAAGUUGCUAGUUCUUGCAGAUCUACCAUGGCUUAUGUACAAGAUGAACCAAAGAGGAAAUCGGAAGAAUGUGCUGCUGUCUUCAAUUCUUCAAGUUCUACACUACGCCCUUGCUUCCUACAGGUGUUACCAGACAUGUACCAGCACAGCUGUAACAUUGAACCCUCAGCAUUGUGUGAUAUUGCAACUUUAUAUACGGAAACCUGUGAUAGACAUGGAGUCACAGUCACUCUCCCAAACUCCUGUGUAAAAUGUCAGACACAUGAUUCCCAGGAAUACAAUUCAGAGGAAUCUGUGCGGUAUGAACAAGCUACAACCAAACAGCUACAGAACUCAAUGGAUGUUGUUUUUGUGGUUGAGGAACGCCAGUGUAAUCGUGACAUCACCGCCAAACUUAAGAAUGUCAUCUAUAGACUUGAACAAUCAAUCACUAAGUCAGGCUCCUCAAAUAACCAGUACAGUCUAGUUGGGUAUGCUGGUAGCAUGGUAGACUCACACACAAUGGAGGGACAGCUCUUCAAUGAUGCCACAAAGUUUGCAAUGGGACUUGAAAACCUGCGCUUCAACAAUCUUGGUCCCUACACUGACCCCUUAUCAGCGUUGAAGUAUGCCAGCAACCUUCCAUUUAGAACAGCAGUCAAGAAAACUGUGAUACUUGUUAGUUGCUCACCGUGCUCAGAGGCAAAGGGCUACAGUUUUAGUAAACUGUCUUCCGAGUUACAGACAUUAGAUAUAUCUCUACAUGUUCUCAGGCAGAGCGGGUUCCAGCUGAAAACUAACAGAAGCCCAAAAUCACAGAUAUUUGGUGUAGAUAUAGACGAGGCAUACAUUGGUCAGAAGAGAGAAGAUGGUGAUUUAUUUUCCGAUCUCGACAUUCCACAAGAUUACUGCUCCUCUCUUGCUCUCAACUCAAAUGGUUCCAUCUUUGACUCUGGUCACCUGUUUGUGGGUAGCGUUAGGCAGCAACGUCGCUUUAUUGACAGCUUCAGCGACCGUGUCCAGCAGAAAGAUUCCAGCUGUCAGAUAUGCAGCUGUGAGUUAGACCAGUCAGGGACUCCGCGAUCUGUGUGUAGACGAUGUGACAGACAACCCCUCUACUACAAGCCAUUUACAAAUGUGGUUCAGAAAGCUGUAGAAUACAAGAACACAUUUUCACAAAAAAUACAGUCACUGCUUUUCUAAGAGGGCAGCUCAACAGGAACUAUCACACAGAAUUUGAUGAACUUCAGACCACAUUAUGUAGAAUUCUAGUCAAGUUUUCCUUCGGAAAGUGCCUUAAAAUUCAUUAUGCUGUUGUAAGCAACAAAUUAAAAAACAAUGUUAAGUUUAUUGUGUUAUAGAUAUGGAUUACAAUGUGUGAUUUGCUGACAUUUCCUUACAAGAUGCAGUGAGCUGUUUAAAAAUUAUGAACAAAAACUUCCAUAUUUUAUAGUAUUAUAACUAUAUGUAUUGUUUUGUAAUGCCUGUAAUUUUAUUUUCUUAUUUUGUUUACUUGAUAUUGUUCUUCAUUGAUAUGUGCAAUUUAUGGUUAGAAAAAGUGUAUUUCUUAGAGUCAAAUUUCUGUAAAAUGCCUUCUUUAGGUGUACAUUUCUUUUGCUAGAAAUAUGAAGAUACAAUAGAGUUGUGUAUACAAUUAAAUUAGGAAUAUUUGUGAGAGAUUUUUUUUGCUAAUUUCGCAUUUUCGAUUAUUUCGCUAAAAAUUACUCUUCACAAAAAUGUGAAUUUUUAUCACUUUUAUGGGAAAAAUUUACAUCUUAUGUGCAGGUUAAUCCUCACAUUAUGUAGUGAUCUUUUAAUUUUGGGAAAUCUUGAUCACACAAAAUCAUCUGGUAUUACAGGACUGUAUAUUUGUAUUUUGGCUUAUAUAAGAAAAACAUUAUAAAAUAUUAUUGCUUUGAAAUGCGUACAAUUGAUUUUGUUUUAGUGAUAUAUAGCAUAAUUAGAAUUUUUUUGUUUGUUUGAUGUUAUUGUUUCCAAUGUUGCUUGUGUUAUAUUGUUUAGUAUGUCAAACUAUCAGGGGAAUUAUACAUAUAGUAUCUGGGGAUAAUAAAUACAGAAUUUUAAUUCAGCUCGUACUCAUUUCAGAUGACAAUGCAAUAUUUAUUUCUUUUAAACUGAAAAGUUAUGGGGUUUUUGAAGACUUUUCAAUCAUUUCUAGCUCAUUUGAUCAGAAAAGUAAUGUAAAAGUAAUUCAUUAUCAAAAAGGAUUGUUAAAACAUAGCUCUUUUAUAUUUUAUAAAAAUGUGUUCAGUAUAAUUUUUUGUGCUUUAUAGAUAUAUAUAGCAUCAGCUGUACCAAUGUACAGUAAAUGUUCAUGAUUAUAUAGCAAUUGUAAGAACAUACUGUAUUGACUGGUUUGAGAGAGAUAGUUGAAUGUGUCUUCCUUUGUAUGCCACGAUACUGAAUCACUAAUGACAUAGAAAAUAGAUUUGUAGAAAAAAAACGUACAAUUAAUGAUAGAUUUUGUAAUUUGAUUCCAAUGAUUUUUUUUCAUUUGACUGACAAAAUUUAUAAAUUUUCUUAAAAUCUAGUUUGAUCAGUACAAUCAAAUUUCAUGUUCAAGCUAACUUUCAUCUUUAUUUAUUACCCAUGUCAUUGCAAAAAAUUAAGAUUUCAAUACUUUUCUGAUUCCUAACUUGUUGUAUACAAAAGAAUUAAAGUCUUUCAUUAUAAUUUGAAGGAUGAGAGAUUCUGUGAAGAGAAAGUUUAUUGUUUUUUAAUUAAAUGUGCAUGUAUGUAUUUGAUUAAACAAGAUAUUGAGUUAAUAUAAUAA